GCGAGUUCCGAUUUCUUGGAAACGAAAAUCCUAAUGUAGAAUACAGUGGUAAGAAGAAAACGAGUGAAAUAAAAUGACGCCACUGACGUCAUGAUGUUACGUGUCAGUUACCGCGCAAAAUUAAUAGCUUUUAUGUUGAAAAAUAGCGCUUCCAUGGCUGGGUACCUCCAUGCGGAGAUCAUACGUGUGGUAAGAACAUUUAUGGCGAAGUUUGUUAAAAUGAGCUGUAUCAACACCACCGCCGACAUCACUGCCAUUGACUUCACCUGCCGUGAGAACCAGCAUGACGACAAUCUUCUAGCCGUCGGAAUGGCCGCCCGUACCUACCUGUCUGAGCAUGACGACGACUCACAGCUGGCAGCGUCUUUCUUCAGUACGGUCAGAUCAUUCUACGUGGAAGUGACAACGAAGAUGCUCGCCAAAUUCCCCAUAAACGACACUGUUCUGCAGUCUCUGUCUUUCCUCCGCCCCGAGAAUAGAGAAACUGUAAACGUCAGUUCUGUGAUUGGCCUAUCAGAACGACUUGGUAUUGGUGCGCCGGACGUGAUUCAAGAAGAGCUUGUGGACUACCAGCUAUGCUCCACUAACAGCCUCCCCUCCCAUGAACCCGGCAUGGUUCUCGACCCGUUCUGGUCCAACGUAGCUAACAUGAAAACUCCAUUACAGAAGCCUAGAUUCCCCAACCUGUCAAAACUUGCCUUCGCUGCACUCAGCUUACAGCACAGCAACGCCGAUCCUGAACGUGCAUUCAGCGUGCUCAAGAAAAUCCAGCGUGAAGACUGCGAAAAUCUCGGGGAAAAAUCAGUGUCUGCUUUGAUGACUAUGAAAUUUAAUAACAAGACUUCUUGUUUCAAUAUGAACUUUAGUAGCGACGUGUGUAGUGCAGCAAAAAGAUCGUGUAAUUGAACAUUGUGACGCAUACUUAUAGUGCGGCAAAAAGAUGGUGUUACUGAACAUUGAAGUGAUAAAUUAAUCUUGAGACAAAGACACUGUGUUGAACACAUAGAAUCUAUAGAUAUAUAUUUAUAUUCAAAUAUAAAAUAAAUGAUAAAAUAAAAAGAAAUAAAACAGAAAAUUA